GGCCGCGGCCUGGGCGAGCUCCCGUCCUUCCGCGCCGCCACCAAGGAGGCCGCCCAGGAUGCCGCGAACAUGAUGGGCGCCAAGUGGUGGACCCAAGUGGGGCGCCACGUGUACACGGCGCCCACCGAGGACAACGGCCUGAGCGACCGCGUCGAGGACUACUACUGCGCCAUGGGCUCCGAUGACGCGCUCACCGACAGCAUGCGCGAGAAGCGCGUCGGCGGCGAGGGCAGGUGGCACAUCUUCCACCUCCCCGAGGGCCCCUCGUCCCUGGGCAUCACCAACAAGGGCGGCCGCCGCUCCGCGUUCAGCAGCCUGGUGCAGCUCAGGUCCGGGGCUGUCCUGAACAUCAUGUUCCCGGCGUACACGCCGCAGCAGUCCUGCGCGAGCGCGUCCGGGAGGCUCGGCGGCAUGGAGGCGGCCGCGGUGGCGAGGCUCACGGCGGGCUCGUUCAUGAGCACCCUCCAGGAGGUCGUCGCGCUCGGCAACUCUGACGGCGUGGUGACCCGCUCCUAUCAGGACUCUUCGGGGCAGGAUGCUGCCCAGAAGAUAUACAGAAGCAGUUCAAGGCCGCGGGGAUUCCCACCUGUCUGCAGAAGUUCGGCUCCAACACCGUGUGGUCCAACACCCAGCUCGCGCAGAACAACGUGCUCGGCGUUAUUCCUGGAGCCUCGGGCGAGAAGGGAACCAUCACUCUCGGGGCGCACUACGACUCCCGUCCGUUCACGGGCGCCGCGCCAGGGGCCGAGGACAACGGCAGCGGACUAGCCGCGCUGAUCUCCAUCGCAAAGGCUUAUGCAGCAAGCGGGAUCAAGCCGCAGAAGACCAUCUACUUCGUGGGUUUUGCCGCUGAGGAGCCAGGCUGUCUGGGAUCCGACUGGUUUGCGAAGCAGCUGAAGGCGGGCAAGACCGUGCCCGAGCUCUGCCACGCAGAGGACACGGGGGCCAGGAGCUUCCUGCAGGUCCACCGGGGGCCAGAGGACCAGGGGAACUUCACCGCCCAAGG